UACGCGCGCGCGCGUGCGGCGCGACAACGGAACUAUUAUUUCAUCUAUAUCAUGUGUCGUCAGCUGGUUCAGAGCGUAACGGAUUGAGACUUCCGAACGAACGGACGAGUGAUCGUUGUGUGUCUGCUUUAACCCAAUCAUUUCAUUCGAGUCCUCGGACGAAUUUUCAUUAAGAAAUUUUAAUACGAAAAUGUCUUCUUGUACGAGGAUGCAACACUCCGUUCAACAAACUAACGGUGAUGGUAAUCCGGCCUCACCCAGGAAGAAACAGAGAACUUCCACGAGUGGGCUCGUUUCCAAGGUCACGGUAGUCCUUGGCGCGCAAUGGGGCGAUGAGGGCAAGGGAAAGGUUGUGGAUAUGCUGGCAACGGAUGCUGACAUCGUUUGUAGAUGUCAAGGAGGAAAUAAUGCAGGGCAUACUGUAGUUGUAGAAGGUGCCGAAUUCGACUUUCACCUUCUGCCUAGUGGAAUAAUCAAUCCCAGAUGCAAAUCCGUUAUAGGAAAUGGGGUAGUUGUUCAUCUCCCAGGUCUCUUUGAAGAAUUAGCAAAAAAUGAAACCAAGGGACUUAAAGAUUGGAAAGAUAAACUCAUUAUAUCAGAUAGAGCACAUCUGGUAUUUGAUUUACAUCAACAGGUGGAUGGAUUACAAGAAUUAGAAAAGGGACCUCAGUCUUUAGGAACUACAAAAAAAGGUAUAGGACCAACCUAUUCCAGCAAAGCUACAAGAAAUGGACUUAGAAUUGGAGAUCUUUUGGGAGAUUUUGACAUAUUUACUGAAAAAUUCAAUACACUGGUACUUUCAUACCAAAAAAUGUUUCCUGCAUUACAAGUGGAUAUAAAAGCAGAGCUAGAGCGUUAUAAAGACUAUGCUGAACGUGUAAGGCCACUUGUAAAAGAAACUGUUCAAUACUUGCAUCAGGCUUUAAAAGAAAAUAAAAAGGUGCUGGUAGAAGGUGCUAAUGCUGCUAUGCUGGAUAUUGAUUUUGGAACAUAUCCAUACGUGACAAGUUCAAACUGCAGUAUAGGUGGAGUUUGCACAGGUCUUGGUUUACCACCUAAUACAAUUGGUGAAAUUAUUGGUGUAGUAAAAGCAUACACUACAAGAGUUGGAGAUGGUCCUUUCCCAACAGAACUUUUAGAUGCAACAGGAGAAUUACUUCAAAAUAGAGGUCAUGAAUUUGGAGUAACUACAAAAAGGAAGAGAAGAUGUGGAUGGCUUGAUUUAACAUUACUUAAAUAUACAUCAAUGGUUAAUGGGUAUACCUCUAUAUGUUUAACAAAACUGGAUAUCCUUGAUACAUUGCCAGAAUUGAAAGUGUGCGUUGGAUAUCGUAUAAACGGAAAAGAAAUAGAUUAUUUCCCAAGUACAACAACAGAAUUAGGAAAAGUUGAAGCUAUAUAUGAGAAAGUUGAUGGAUGGCUAUCCUUGACUGAAGGUGUGCGUUCCAUAGAUAAAUUACCGCAUAAUGCACGAAAAUAUAUUCAAUUCAUAGAACAAUAUUUGGAUAUACCUGUAAAAUGGAUUGGCGUUGGUGCUGGCCGAGAAAGCGUUAUUACCCUUUGACGUUGUAGGAUUUGUAUUGUGUUACUUAAACGCACCAUAAUAUGUAGUGUAUUAUUAAUUUUAAUUCUAUGUGUAACAUUGCCGGUUCAGAGCUGAUGCACGCACACUACGAGAAGUCGAAACAAAAAGCUUUCGGCAAAAGUAGUAUUAUCCUUGAAUUUAAGCAAUUAGAUACUUGUAUUGUGAUUAUGAUGUAAUGUUAACAUUUAGUCAUUUGUGUAGUCAGUGUCUAUUAUCUGAGCCCGACGAUCGUCGAAAAACUUCUUGUUGUUUUCGUCUGUUCAAAGAGAAUAACUUAUUGUACAAAUAUUUAAUAAUAUCUAUUGUCUAUACAAUCUA